AUGUCACAGCAGUUUAUCGCACCCACCUUAGUGUUUGCCGCUGGCAUCACUUUUGCGGUGCUCAGUUUUCUCCUAUUGUUUCAAGAAGAAAUUUCGGUUGUUAUUCGUCAGCCUUCGGCUCUGAAAGCCUCGUCUCAGAGUCCUUUGGUCGCAAUAGUCGACGCUGAUAUUGCUGGAGUCGGCAUCCGUUUUGCCUUAUGGGCACAAAUUUCGACAUUGGUGGUUCUUACAAUUGUAGGAAGUUUUCAUUGCCGAGCCCUCGGUGCCAAGGAGAUUGGUGCUGGCCUGGCAAUAGCCCAUACUAGUCUCGCCGUUGCCUUGGUGGCGCAAAUGAAGCACGGAUCGUUGACUUCAGCGGACGCCAUAGUGGGUGCCAUGUUGCUCGACGCACAAGGCAGCGCUAUGAGUAUCGUCCUGGGAGCUAAAGAUGUGCUGGCAGCAAGGUGGCAGACGUGGAUUAGCAUCGCCUGCCAAACCUUUGGCCUGACGGUCCUCUUCAUCUGCGUCAUCAAGUUUGGUGACGGCGAGUUCGUCAGCCGCAGCGACGAUACUUGGCUCUGUCUCAAGCCUUUCUGGUGGGGAUGGAUCGCAGAAUGUCCCGAGACGGCUGAGGCUAAGGAAGCAACGGUCUUCUGGCUUUACCUGGCGUGUCGCAUGGUUGGGUCUGUCCAUGCCGCCUUGUUUGCCGCCGCCAACACCGGAGAGUUCCAUGAUGCCGAGAAGAGCGAGGAACCCCUACAAGAUAUCCGGUUCUCCAGAACGCCGGCUAAUGUCGCCGAAGAUUCCCAAGUUCCCGGCCCGAGCUCACAAAGGCCCGACGACGGAGCAGGGCACAGUAUCGGACACAUUCGUCCAGCCUCGUAUUCAAAAUGCCGGGCUACAGUCACGUACUCGUACGUCAUUCACACUAUCCUCUCCGCCAUGUCGAUGGUAGCCGUUCAAAGGGCCAUGGAUACUGGUUUGAAGCCUAGCGCCGGCGCUUUGUCCACUGGACAAAUCAAUUCAAUGGUGGUCGCAUUCGCCACCGUGGUGCGAGGCUUAUGGCUCUUAUUGCGCGAGAUCUACCUCGAGCGCAACCAUUUGAAGGACUCCUUCCGCAAAAAGUAUAGAUUCGUCUUCGAAUUUUUUGCGCAGGCAUGCAGAUCAGUGUUCGAAUCUUUUGCGCAGGCAUCCCGAUUAUAUCUGGUAUUCCAGGACGAGGUCCGCGAGGAUCACGAAGUCGAAUUAGACGCAAGGGAAUAA